AUGAAAUUACUUUGCUCAGCUGCCGGUGGUGUACACAGUGAACAGAGAUUGAAGGUGCUUGAGCUUCUUAAUUUCUGUGUAAGUUCGCUUAUUUUCAUUCUAUUUUUAUCAUCAUAUUCUGGGAAAGAUAGGCAGGCAGUUACGGUUGUUGUUGUCUCUAAAUUGUGCUCACCGAUUCUUUUGAUUCUGGGAGAGUUUUGUUCAGAAAUAGACGAUCAUAAGAUCUACACAUUUUCUACCUUUGCAGGCCCGUAACCAGGAUUUUAUAUGGGGGGUGCUAACGAGGCCAAAGUGGACCAAACUACCGAAAUGUAUUUUUUAUUGUCUGAUCCGUUUAUUUAGGAAAGUAGCAAUACAUGAGAAAUUGUAAGUUAUAAAGGAGUAAUUUAUACGAUGUAAAAUGAUACACCAAAAUACUGCGGAACUAAUCCCUCAGAAUAACCCCGAGCUCCCAGCCUCCGUGUGGGUGUUUCCAAACAGAUUUACCACCUCAUCCAAAACAAUUUUAACUUGAUAAUGUAUGUGCAUUAGUGCGAGGGACGACAGCCUUUCCUGGCCCACGCAUGCCCUGUUAUAUGUAUGCAGCCGCCUUAAAUUAUCACUGUUAAGUUUGAAACUUCAGUUUAACUGACUGCACUCCUUAACUUGGAUAUUGAGUAUCAAAAUGCGGACCUUUGGGGCCUGUAGGGGGGUGCGAACGUACCCCGUGCACCCCCCUGGUUACGGGCCUGACUUUGUUUAUAAUGUCUUGGCUUCCUCUCAAUUUAUAUUCAUAGUUGAGUAGAUGGGUUCGAAUUGAAUCCUUUUGAAGCCCGGAAAUUAAUUAUUUCCGGGUUUAUUUGCAAUUGCUUGAUAAAUUGCUAUAACAACUGCGUUGAUCGUUUGGUUUAAUUGUCCUAUAGUUUCUUCAUUUAAAAAUUUGUUAUCGGCAGUUCAAGUCAUCUUCUGAUUUCAGGCGGGAAAAUAAGUAUAGUAAGUAUACUAUUACUAUGUAUAACCUUCCAACUUAAUUUCCCAUGCAACAACGCAACCGACAACUAACCUGUUUAUUUUAUCAGGAAGAUCUACCAGCUUCCACCCUAAGCGGGAACCCUUCCCCGUUUAAGGGGAAGGGUGCACCAUUCAGCAUCAGAUAUGGUCGGUAAAUCCUUUUAUACAGACGAGCAGUUGAACCUCUUCAAGCUUUCAACCCUUGUCUUCGAUGAAAUCCCUAAAGCUCUACGCCAGACAUUCAAACACAUGUGGGAAAAUUUUGGACCGGGAUCGAUAUGGGAUGACUCAGAAGGUGUGAGAGAUUCAUUUCUGACCAAAGAGGGAGGCAAAACCAAAGUUCCCACAGACAAGUCCUACGAGGAGUGGGAUUGUACCGCGCUGUUCCAAGCCACUAUCCACGCGCAAACGUUCGCUUUACCCGACAGCAAAGGUAACCUGAAAACUCUCUGGGAGUUGUACGUAAGGCCCCGAGGGCCCAUGCCAGAUGGAAGUUUCCAUGCCUCUGUGUUGAGUCCGAGUGGAAACCAAGCGGAAACGUUUGCUCUGGCGAUUGAUCAGCUGCGACUUUUGCGAAACUCUUUGUCUCAUUUGUCCAGUUCAAAAAAAAUUAACAAAACAUUAUUUGACCAGUACACUGAACUCGCAAAAGAUGCCUUCAAAGCUCUUGGAGUGGCAACGGACUCGAUUGAUGAAGCUAAAAGUUUACCAGAAUCUCAUUUUCCAACAGAAGAGGUCGCCAGGUUGGAACGCGAAAUCAAACUUUGGAAGAGAAUUGUUUUUUUGUAUUAGUUUAAGUUUGGUACGAUUGCUUAGAGCAAAAUGAGAUUUACAGGUCAUAAGAUAGCUGGAGAGUAACAAGGAUGGAAAGUAGAAUUUUUAAAAUGUUAUGACAUACUGCCUUCUUGGACCUCUUCUUGUGCCAAAUGGAGCAAUGCGGAUGUUCGUUUGGAAAUGAAAAUUAACACUUAAUGGCCAUACGGGAACCCUAGCUGCAAGUACUUUUACACUGCGUAAGCGAGACAACAAGCACCCACGUUCUUUUUUUUUCAUACGGGUGUACUCCCCCACCCCGAUAACAAGAACCUUAGGUAAGUUUUGGCCAAGCAGGCCAAAUCAUAACAGGCCAGAGCACCGAUUUUAAGUACUAGGCGACUUUGAAAGACGCGUGCUUCACAUAUUUGUGGAGGAUUAGAAUGCCGGCUUGGUCAGAGGCCCUUUGUUUAAAACAUGGCGGGAUACUCACAGCUUAAGGCAAGCAUGUGCCUUGUAGCUGUCAACAUAGUAAGAAAUAAGCGUUGACAGGCCAAACACGACUCAUAAGCUCGUGAUAAUGUGAAACGUGACCUUGAGAGUCUGCUUGAACAGUGGUUCUCGUUCUUUUUUCUCUCGGGCGAAGGUUACUAGCACUACACAGUGCAAGACGUGUUGCAUUCUAAACUUUGACUGAGUAAAUCUUGUUUUUGCCGCACUAAGUCUUAUAUUUAGAGGUCAUGAAGCAGGUUUGUUACUUGCAUA